AUGAGCAACAAUAUCCUCAUUGUGGGCGCAACACGGGGCCUUGGCGCCUCUCUCAAGGAGCUAUACUCCAAAUACCCCUCCAAACACAUAUUUGCAACCUCUAGAUCUAAUUCAGCUCCAGAGCAAAAAUAUUCACAAAUUUCUUGGCUGGCUGGUAUUGAUCUCUCCAAGCCAGACGUUGGUCAGAAGCUGGUAUCACAGCUCCCGACAUCUACCAAGCUCUCGACUGUGAUUAUCACUGCUGGCUACUUUGGCUCUGAGAGCUUUGAUUCUCCAGACUGGGAGAAAGAAGUUCAAAUGUACACGACCUCGUCUAUUGCUCCCGUCUUUGUGGUGCACCAUCUUGUCAAAGCGAAUCUUCUGGGUGAAGGAAGUAAAGUGAUCCUCGUAUCGAGUGAGAGUGGCAGUAUUACCCUUCGCCAUGAGAAAGAAGGUGGUGGAAACUACGGCCAUCAUGCCAGUAAAGCUGCACUGAACAUGGUGGGGAAACUGUUAAGUCUUGAUCUCUUGGAGAAGAGAAUUGCGGUUGGUUUGGUACACCCGGGAUUUAUGCGAACGGAGAUGACGAAGGGCGUUGGAUUUGAUAAGUAUUGGGACGAGGGAGGAGCUGUUACACCUGAUGAAGCAGCUCAAUCACUAGCGUCAUUCAUUGACACAUUCGACAUUGAAAAAACUGGCCAGUACUGGGCACCAAGAGGAGCUAGAGAUAUUGGAACUGCAGAAAGCGUCCUCGGUGAAAACCUGCCCACGCCUUUACAAUUGCCAUGGUAA